AAAAUCAAUAAAAUAUGAACAGAAGGAAACAGAAACAAUGGCUGAGGCGAAAAAAAAAGGUAAAAUUCAUCGAACAGUGAAAAUAAUGCAGUCACAGCAAAUGCCCUACAAUGUCACAUGUUUGAGACAAAUGGGGAACCCUGGACUCGCUACAGCCUACAUGUUCCUUUAUGAGAAGCAUAAGAAGCACAGAACUAAAGCACUUCACCUGGCUACUGCUGGUAUUAAAAAUGUCUCUGGCUUUGAGUGCUGGAGACACAUAUCCUCUCAAAGUAUAUGAAAAUCCAUACACCUUUUUAUUUCUACUCAAAGACAGAAUUGUAUUCCUAGAUGUUAGGCAGCCACUGAUUAAAAUAAAGAGCUACGCUGUAGAUGAGAAUAUGCCCAUGUUUAGGGAUUUCACAACCCCCAGAAAUGAUAGCUGUAAAGCUAGGAUCAUCUUUUGGGGCCAGACAUGGAUUUGAAAUCUUGGUUUCUUCUUUUUGGAUGAGUGCUUUAACCACCAGUGCCCCUAAUAAUUGCUUUCUCUAUAGUGUGUUAAACUCUUGUUUCCUCCAAGAAACAAACAAAACAUCGAAGAACACCCACCUGCCCACCCAAUGCUAUGUCCAGCACUUCUGAACAAUGUGAAAUGUAAGUGCAUGCUAAUGAUCUCAGACAGCCUCCUGGGUCGAUCACUUCAGGGAAUUAAGCCCUAGAUCUCCAGCAAGUUUCAGGUUUGGACACAUACUGAUCUGCUCUCGACAAAGGGGUUGGGAACGUAGAGACUUUCAGAGCUAGCUGAGGGAGAGCAAGGGCCUCACUUUUGUUCAUUUCCCUGUAGAUGAGUUACCCUUUUUAUGGUAUCUACCCUCUGAAACAAUUUGUAAUUAUUAUUGUUUCUCUGGUGUUUCCAAUGGUGCUCUGUAGGUGGCAGUGCAGAAUGGAUUUUUAUGGCACUUCACCCAACUGAGAGAUGUGUUUGGAAAGAUUUGGGUGUUUUGGUUAUUGCAGUCACUGUAUGUCUGUAUUUUUCCAGAUGACUCAGGCAGUCUUCCCUUACAAUUGUUCAUUAAUAUUAACAGACAUGUUAGCAUUUUAUCAUUACAAUCUUACACAUUGUUGAUUGUCUAGUUCUUUCAAUUGACUUUUUCCUGUUCUUGCUCUGACAUUACUUGUACCAUUGCUCGGGUUCAUUUGGAAACAAAGCAAAUGAAUCACUUGGAACUCCUAUAAAUCGUCUGUCUUUACUGUGUGCUUUUUUUUGAUGUUUCACCUUCACGGAAAAAUGUUUUCAGAACCCUGAAUAAAUUAAACAAACAACACAUCCUGUUCCAUAAAAGGAACAAACCAGCUUACUUACUGAUAGGGAAAUGCAUAUCUAUUUAUUUAAAGCUGAUGCUUUGAAAGUAAGCGAAGAUAGAUGGGGCUUUAGGGGUGAUGGAAAAUCAGAUUUCCUCUGCUUCUGCAGGUGGCUUGGCAUGACUUCUUAGCUCAAUUGACUUAUGUUUUUACAUUCUUCUGUGGAAACUGAUGUAAAUUUCAGGACACCAUGACCUUUUUGCAUUGGAAAGCAGGCAUUUAUUCAUAUCUGUCUUUCAGUAUGGAGUCUUCUGAGCUAGAAGGGCACACAAUGUUUCAAACAUUAUCACGUUAUACAGUUCUGUGGUUUGGAAAUCUUAACUCCUGGGUUCUUUGGCAGGGAACUUCAACUUUCACAGGCAGGAAUAUGCAUGUUGAUUCCCAAUGUCAUUAGCUUCUAGAGGAAGUUAGGUUUACAAACUAGUCCUGUCCUACGCCUUCUUGAAUAACUUUCUAUCCUUUCCCACUCAUUGAAAGCUAACACUGUCCUGGUACCUGCAGACCUAACCAUGAAGUCCUUGUUCCUUGUUCCAACACUCCAAUAUCAAUGAUUCUCUAUCAUUUGUAGACUUGUCAUUCUUUCACUGGAGAUGAAAACUGGAACAUAGAAUUUAGAUGACCACUUACACAGCACGAACAGGAGCACUGAAUCUAGUUGUCAAAACUUACAAUUUUAAGACUGUGAUACAAUUUUUUGAAAGAGCAAACAGGAAUGAUUUAUGGUAAACCAUUCUUUUCUCUAGAACCCCAAAGGGCAACCCAUAACUGUGAUUGUCAGUUUAACAGAUCAUGUCUCUCUGCAGCAAAUGUUAAAGAUCACUUACCUAAAGUUGAUAUGGUCAUGAAAUUGCUGGGAAAGAGGCACAUCUGGCUUGCAGAUACCAAGAGUGGAAAGCAGCCUGUGGCACCUAGAAGCGCAGUACGCCAGCCCGGUCUGUGCUCCCCCACUCAGCUGCCCACAGCAGCUCUGUGUGAUGCACUGGUUCCAAGCCAGCUUGCUCAAAGACCUUUUCCUGACACAUACAUACACCAUUCAUAUUGCUGAACAGUGAUUAUUUCAACUGACAACUUCUUUAUGGUACCUUUUGCUUGUUUUUGAAGACCUAUUGUUAUCAUGGGGUUUAUACAAAUGUGUUUAUGUGUAAAGUUAAUUGGAGGCCAAUGACGAGAAGUUGAGACAGUCCCAUGAACAACUGCAACUGAAGGCAAGACAGAAAGAUAGAUGUUUCUUUGUACAGCUGAAUUGAUACUGUACUAAGAUCUUAUACAUGGCUGCCCAGCCUGUUGGACUAGAUAGGUCAGGCAUCUGAAUCACACUGCAGAUGCUAUAUUUACUUUUAAAGUAUCUCUGUCACAUGGCUAUACAUAGCCAUUCUCAUUCAGGGCAAGCAGCCUCAACAAAUGCAAUGCUCUAUGAAAUUGUUAAAGGACUUUAAUUAAACCUUUAAUACAAAAAUUUACAAAAAUACAAAAGAAUGCUUUAUCUGUACCUGGAGUCUUCAUAGCCAUAAGAUGGGUUUUCUUGCUGUACUUGCUCUACCAUUACUUCUCUUAGGGAUCAGUGGAAUUAUUUAUAUUUACCAGUCAGUCAGGUGGUUAUUGUCCAAGUCAGCUGUGCAAAACAAGGUGGUGGUGAUCACAGAUGCCAUCUCUGGACUGGGCAAGGAAUGUUCUCGGGUGUUUCAUACAGGAGGAGCAAGACUUGUGCUGUGUGGCAGGACAUGGGAAAAGUUAGAAGCCUUGUAUGAUGCUUUAAUUAGUGUGGCAGACCCCAGUAUGACAUAUGCACCAAAGCUCAUACUUAUGGAUAUCUCAGACAUAAACUGCAUUCAAGAUGUAGCUAAGGAAAUCCUGAAUUGCUAUGGCUGCGUGGAUAUACUGAUCAACAAUGCAAGCAUGAAGGUGAAAGGAGCAGUGCAGAGCAUUUCAUUGGAACUUGAUAAAAAGAUAAUGGAUGCCAACUAUUUUGGACCUAUAACAUUAACCAAAGCUAUUCUUCCCAGCAUGAUCUCAAGAAGAACUGGCCAAAUUGUUCUUAUUAAUAGUAUCCAAGGAAAAAUAGGAAUCCCAUUUCGUUCAGCUUAUGCUGCUUCUAAGCAUGCUGCUGUAGGCUUUUUUGAUUGUCUUAGAGCUGAAAUGGAAGAAUUUGAUAUUUCUGUCAGCACUGUGAAUCCAACCUUCAUCUGUUCAUACCAUCGCCAACCAGCACCUGGCAACUGGGAGGCAUCUAUUUGGAAAUUCUUUUUCAGAAAGGUGGCAUAUGGUGUGCACCCAGUGGAGGUGGCAGAGGAAGUCUUGUGCACAGUAAGCAGUAAGAAGCAGGAGGUACUUAUUGCCAACCCUAUCCCCAGAGCAGCAGUUUACAUUCGCACGUUCUUCCCUGAAAUGUUUUUUGCCAUUGUUGCCUCAGGGAUUAGGGAAAAGCUGAAGACAGAAGAGGAAAAUUGAUUUUGUUCAGUUCUUUACCCUGCUUUUGACCUGAAAAAAAGUUUGUUUCAAAUGUCAAUGAUUUCUGCUUUUCACUAUGGGUAGAAUAAAGCAGGAAGCUUUAUUAAACAUGAA